AGCGAACGUAAUUUGGUAUAACAACAAGUGUGGUAGCGCAGCAUCCGUAGUGAAGUAACUUAAAAUUGCACACAAAAAAAAAGUACUGCAAUAUAAAUUAAAAAUUUAAAAUGAAUUAUACAUUGAGCAUCCUGGCACUGUGUGGAUUAAUUGCGUUCGCCUUUGCAGCGCCUCUAGAUGAUUCAGAACACGCUCAGAUUCUGCGCUACGAUAACGAAAAUAUUGGUGAUGGAUAUAAAUUUGGCUAUGAGACCAGCGAUGGUGUGGUACGCCAAGAGGAGGCUGAACUGAAAAAUGUCGGCACCGAGCAGGAAGCGAUUUCAGUACGUGGCUCGGUCAGUUGGGUGGCGCCUGAUGGACAAACAUACACAUUAAAUUAUAUUGCCGACGAGAACGGUUUCCAGCCACAGGGUGAUCAUUUGCCACAUGUUUAGGAGCAGUUUACUAAUUUUUGUUGAAGUAAUAUUUUUUAUAUGUACGCGUAGUUUUAGAGUAAACCAAAAGAAAAAAGAAAAAAUUAAGAAUUGUUGCAUACAUAUGAACGAAACAGUAUUAAAUGGACUUACAGCAAUU